AUGGAGUACGCCGUUGGAAGAGAUGAGGUUGCAGGGCUCUACCUCACGUCACCACCGCUUCUGGCAGCGACACCGCAUAGGAACCAGAAGAUCCGAGUGCGGUGGGUCAGCUUCCAAACGAGAGGCGCCGACCAGGGCUGUGCCAGUCUGGGAGGCGAAGGCACCUAUCACAACAGCCAUACUUGGUAUGCGGCAAGCAUUUUACGACCCAUUGCUGGGAUGCCACUUGUGGGCGAUCGCUCGAAAAUAUCACCUCAGUCGAGAAGAGAGGUGGGGGAUGGAUCAAUAAGAUCUCAGAGACCAAGAUUGAAAUAUGUUGCGAGGCGGUCGGGACGAGUUCUGUUGGAUUGGAUCAAGCACACGGUUGAUGCUCGCAUGGAUGUCUUUCCCGAACAAGUCCGAGGGGUGGAGUAUGCCCAAGGUGUUGUUGACUUCAACCUUGCUGAUGUUCUAGGCGAAGGAUGA